AUGAAUGAUCCUCCGAUAUUGAAUCACCCAAUACUCGGAGAGAUCGUGGUUCUCGGAAAAAUAGCAAGAGGUGGCUAUGCUUCUAUCUGGAAUGCAUAUUGCGUAGAAAUGAAGACACAUGUUUGCCUGAAAAUUGAUGAGAAGCGAAAAGCUGAAACAGAAAACGAGUUUAGAAUGAUGAAACUCCUUAACCAUCCUCUUACUUGCCAGUUUUAUGGUGAAUUCAAGUCAGGUGAUAAUGUAGGUGCUGUUCUAGAAUUUAUUGAAGGAAGUACAAUUCUUGACUUCAUUAAUAAGAACGGAGUAAUCAAAGAAAAUUAUGCUAGAUAUUUGUUUGCUGAACUUGUUUCAAUCAUACAACAUUUACAUUGCGAAUUAGGAAUGAUACAUCAGGAUUUAAAAUGCGAAAACAUCAUUAUAGAUACGCAUAAUAAUUUACAUCUUAUAGAUUUCGGUUUUGCGCAUUUAGAUUCCGAUAAUUUACCACUUUCAUAUAGUGGUUUUGGUACUCCAGGAUAUAUUCCUCCAGAAGUUAUUAAGGGCAACAGAUAUACAUUCAGCUCCGACAUUUUUAGCAUUGGAGUCCUUUUAUAUUCAAUGCUUGUCGGCAGAUUGCCUUUCUCAGGAACAAAUUCAGCCGAAAUUUUUCAUCAUACAGUUACAGAUCCAGUAAACUACCCAGAAACGAUAAGUGAUGACGUAAUAGAUCUUUUAGAUUCAUUAUUAGAUAAAGAUCCAAUAAAACGGCCAAACAUUUCUCAAAUUUUAUUACAUAAUUGGCUAAAUCCAAUUAUAAGAGGAAUCAAACUGAUUCCAAGCUUUGAAGGCCUCAGAAAACUUGACAAAUAUCCAGACGGAAAACUUGACCAAGAAGUUUUGAAUCUUUUCAAUGAUUAUGGAUAUAGCGUUGAAAAUCUACUCUACGAUAUUAAUCACCACAUAGAUACAAAACUUGUAGCAUAUUAUUUGUUUUUGAGAAAUAUUCAGAUUUCAAAUCAAUUAUCUAAUAUUCAGAUAACGCUAUUCAUUCAUCAAUCGAGCCACUCACCUAAAAGUACAAGAGAAGGACUUUCCAAGAGUACCCCUGGCUUUGAACAUCAAAAUCAAGCUAAAAUUGUCCAGCCAAAUUUAUCAUUGAAGAUUAAGAACCAAGCUCCACAGAUUAUACAGCCGAAUGCAGUUCGCAAGCCUAAUAUACCAAAAGCAAAGAAGUAA